CCUCAUUUCCAAGUCCGUAGGAAACACGCGGAUCGGGAAUUCCUCGGAGUCACGGAGUCUCGUGUCCCACCGGGACAACAUAAAAAAAAUUACAGCGUCGGGCCGAGUAAUUGAAGGAUUGGAGCCGAGCAGGUCGGGAUUAUUAAAUAUUUGAUUUCCAUACCCCUGAGGUGUCUCACUUCCGGAGCCCCGGACACUCAAAUCCUAUAAAAGGAUUCCCAUUUUCCUGCUCCUCGAGCCGGUUCUGGUUUCAUUUUUGGCGCUCGCUGGUGCAGRUUCGGCCGCCCCCCAACCACCCCCCAAAGAUGCGCCUGGCCACCGGCUGCCCGCUGCCGCAGCUCUGCAUCCCUCCUCCGGCCGUGCUGGUGCGGAGCUUCCCGGUGAGCUCCGAGCGCUGCCGGGGGCUGCGCCGCUCCCGCCCCUCCUGCUACCCCGGGCUGCAGCCGGGCAGCACCACCCUGGUCACUCUGGGUGGCCUGGAGAGCCUGGCCAGCCUGGCCCAAACUGCCCAAACUGGCGGCUGUGCCAAUCCCUGUGGUUUGGUGGCCACCGCCGGUGUCCCCCAGUGCUACCGGGGCGUGACAGGGACGUGCGGCAGACCCGGGUGCUGCUGUUGUUGCUGCAGGGUGACACAGAGCAGCUCGGUGACACGGGACUGCUGCGGGCAGGAGGUGACAACGUGUGGCACCACGGGUCAGGGUCCGUGCGGGGAGGAGGUGACAACGUGUGUCAGCACGUGUGKGGAKCCGUGUUGUAAAGAUGUCACCAAGUGUGUCACCACGUGUGUGGAUCCGUGUUGUAAAGAUGUCACCAAGUGUGUCACCACGUGCCAGGACUCCUGCUGCCAGGAUGUCACCAAGUGUGUCACCACGUGUCAAGAUCCGUGUUGUAAAGAUGUCACCAAAUGUGUCACCACCUGUGUGGAUCCGUGUUGUAAAGAUGUCACCAAGUGUGUCACCACGUGUGGGGAGCCGUGUUGUAAAGAUGUCACCAAGUGUGUCACCACGUGUCAAGACUCCUGCUGCCAGGAUGUCACCAAGUGUGUCUCCACGUGUCAAGAUCCCUGCUGCAAGGAGGUGACCACCUGCACCACCACCUACCAAGAUCCCUGCUGUCAGGAUGUCACCAAAUGUGUCACCACGUGCCAGGAUCCAUGCUGCCAGGAUGUCACCAAGUGUGUCACCACGUGUGUGGAUCCAUGCUGCAGAGAUGUCACCAAGUGUGUCACCACGUGUCAAGAUCCGUGCUGCAAGGAGGUCACCAAGUGUGUCACCACGUGUGUGGAUCCGUGUUGUAAAGAUGUCACCAAAUGUGUCACCACAUGUCAAGACCCCUGCUGUGUGACCACAUGUGCCACCACCUGCGUGGAUCCAUGCUGCAGAGAUGUCACCAAAUGUGUCACCACCUGCCAGGAUCCCUGCUGCAAAGAUGUCACCAAGUGCACCACAACGUGUCAAGAUCCAUGUUGUGUCACCACGUGUGCCACCACGUGUGUUAAUCCCUGCUGUCAGGAUGUCACCAAGUGUGUCACCACGUGCCAAGACCCUUGUUGUAAGGAGGUGACCAAGUGCACCACCUGUGUGGAUCCGUGUUGUCGGGAUGUCACCAAAUGUGUCACCACGUGUGUAGAUCCCUGCUGUCAGGAUGUCACCAAAUGUGUCACCACAUGUGUUGAUCCAUGCUGCAGAGAUGUCACCAAAUGUGUCACCACGUGUGUAGACCCGUGCUGCAGAGAUGUCACCAAAUGUGUCACCACGUGUGUAGACCCAUGCUGCAGAGAUGUCACCAAGUGUGUCACCACGUGUGUGGAUCCAUGCUGCAGGGAUGUCACCAAAUGUGUCACCACGUGUGUUGAUCCAUGCUGCAGGGAUGUCACCAAGUGUGUCACCACGUGCGUUGAUCCAUGCUGCAGGGAUGUCACCAAAUGUGUCACCACGUGCGUGGCGCCGUGUUCCAGGAAGGUCCCCAAGGUGCUGACGCCGUGCUACCAGCCCUGCUGCAAGAAGGUGACCAAGUGGAGCAGCCCCUGGGCCCUGCCCUGGUGCCGCAAAGGGACCAAGAAAAGCGCCAAGGCCAGCGCCAGGUGUGAGCCCGGGUACAAAAAAGGGUCCAAGUGUCCUGUCCCGUGCCAGGAUCCCUGCUGUGUCACCAGAUGUGUCACCUCCUGCCAGGAUCCCUGCUGUGCCACCAGAUAUGUCACCACGUGUGUUGAUCCCUGCUGUGCCACCAGAUAUGUCACCUCCUGCCAGGACCCCUGCUGUGCCACCAAGUGUGUCACCACAUGUGUAGAUCCCUGCUGUCAAGAUGUCACCAAGUGUGUCACCAAGCGUGUUGACCCGUGCUGCAGGGAGGUGACCAAGUGCAGAACCAGGUGCGUGGAUCCCUGUUGUCAGGAUGUCACCAAAUGUGUCACCACCUGUGUGGAUCCGUGCUGUCAGGAUGUCACCAAGUGUGUCACCACGUGCCAGGAUCCCUGCUGCAAGGAGGUCACCAAGUGUGUCACCACCUGCAAAGAUCCCUGUUGUCAGGAUGUCACCAAGUGUGUCACCACGUGUCAAGAUCCCUGCUGUGUGACCACAUGUGCCACCACCUGUGUUGACCCGUGCUGCAAGGAAGUCACCAAACGUGUCACCACGUGCCAGGACCCCUGCUGUCAGGAUGUCACCAAGUGUGUCACCACCUGUGUGGAUCCGUGUUGUCAGGAUGUCACCAAGUGUGUCACCACGUGCCAGGAUCCCUGCUGCAAGGAAGUGACCAAGUGUACCACCUGUGUGGAUCCAUGUUGUCGGGAUGUCACCAAGUGUGUCACCACAUGCGUUGAUCCAUGCUGCAGGAAGAAUGUCACCAAAUGUGUCACCACGUGUCAAGAUCCGUGCUACAAAGAGGUGACCACCUGCACCACCACCUACCAAGAUCCCUGCUGUCAGGAUGUCACCAAAUGUGUCACCACCUGCCAGGACCCCUGCUGUCAGGAUGUCACCAAGUGUGUCACCACGUGUGUAGAUCCGUGCAGUCAGGAUGUCACCAAAUGCAGAACCAGGUGUGUUGAUCCGUGCUGCAAGGAGGUUACCAAAUGUGUCACCACCUGUGUUGACCCGUGCUGUCAGGAUGUCAAAAAGUGUGUCACCACAUGCCAAGAUCCAUGUUGUCAGAAUGUCACCAAGUGUGUCACCAGGUGCCAGAACCCCUGCUGCAUGACCAGGUGCACCACCCGGUGUGUGGACCCGUGCUGUGUCACCAGAUGUGCCACCAGGUGUAUGGAUCCCUGCUGCCAGGAUGUCACCAAGUGCGUCACCAGAUGCCAGGAUUCCUGCUGUGUCACCAAAUGCGCCACCACGUGCCAGGAUCCCUGCUGCCAGGGAGUGACCACCUGUGCCACCAGCUGCCAGGACCCCUGCUGUGUCACCACGUGCCAGGACCCCUGCUGUGCCACCUCCUGUGCCACCACGUGUCAGAACCCCUGCUGUGCCACUCCCUGUGCUCCAAAGUGCCAGGAUCCCUGCUGUGCCACCACGUGCCAGGAUCCCUGCUGUGCCACCAGAUGUGUCACCAGAUGCGUCACCAGGCGCCAGAACCCCUGCUGUGCUCCCUGCCAGGACCCCUGCUGUGUCACCUCCUGUGCCACCACCUGCCAGGACUCCUGCUGUGCCACCUCCUGCGCCCCGAAGUGCCAGGAUCCCUGCUGUGCCACCAGAUGUGUCACCACGUGCCAGGACCCGUGCUGUGCCACCACCUGCCAGGAUUCCUGCUGUGCCACCUCCUGUGCCCCGAAGUGCCAAGACCCCUGCUGUGCCACCUCCUGUGUCACCAGAUGUGUCACCACAUGCCAGGAUCCCUGCUGUGUCACCACAUGCCAGGACCCCUGCUGCAUCCCGAAGUGCCAGGACCCGUGCUGUGCCACCUCCUGUGCCACCAGAUGUGUCACCACAUGCCAGGAUCCCUGCUGUGCCACGCCCUGUGCUCCGAAGUGCCAGGAUCCCUGCUGUGCCACCACGUGUGUCACCACCUGCCAGGAUCCUUGCUGUGCCACCACCUGCCAGGACCCCUGCUGUGUCACCUCCUGUGCCACCACGUGUGCCACCACGUGCCAGGACCCGUGCUGUGCCACCCCCUGUGUCCCCCAGUGUCGCGGCGGUGCCCGCGUGGCCGCCACCCGCUGCUCUGACUCCUGUGCCACCMCCUGUGUCACCCAGACCUGCCCCGUGUGCGGUGGCCUGGUCACCUCAGCCUGCGGCCAGCGCCGCCCUGUCCCCUGCUGUCCCAAAUUCCAGGCUCCCUGA